AUGCACAACGACAUCGAUGAAGUGAUCGAAGCGCAGGUCACCGCCCAGGUGGUCAGGCUGUCGUCAACUAGGGCAGGGAAACGCAUCCUAGACGAGGCUGGCAUGGCUCCCAGAAUGCUUGCUGAACGGGAAAUCACCUUAUCCAGGGAGGUCCGGGAAACCUUUGUGUUUUCUUUCAUCACAUAUUUGGGAUCUGAAGAGCUCACUGAUGUGGAGUUCGUCGUGGACUCAACUCAUUACCCCGGCAAGAAAGCAUCGUUCAAGGCCCACCGCCUGAUUUUGGCCCUGCAAAACGAGGCCUUCAAGGUCAUGUUCUACGGGGACUUCGCGAAGGAAGAUCGCAUUACUGUCACUGACCUUCACCCAGAUGGAUUUUUAGGCAUGCUUCGGUACCUAUACAGUGGCGAUCUGAAAGUAGACAACGUGCGCCAGGCCUUCUACACAAGGACCGCAGCAACGAAGUACUUGAUGCCUGAACUGAGAGCGCUCUGCUGCGAAUACGUGACCACUCACCUGAAGCCAGACGACGUCUGCGCGUUUUUAGACAACAUGCUCACGAUGGGUGAACAAGACACAGAUGCGCCGGCUAGAAAUUUGUUGCACACUAGAGGCGCAGAUGUUCUGUCAUCAAGCAGUUUUAAGUCCUGCUUAGAGUGCACAGUUAGCUACGUCCUGGAACACAUCAAAAGCGUGUCUGAGUUUACCGUCAUCGGAGCAGUGUACGAAUGGGCACAGGAGCAGGUACUUCUGGAACGCCAAGACGAUAAGGAAGUUACCAACGUACGCAAAUUCAUGCAGCCUUUCUUCAGCAAGCUCCGCUUCCUGGCGCUCACACCAAGCGAAUUUGUACGCGGUAUGAAUGUGUGGGGCAUUUUUGAUGAGAAAGAGGCCCUGGCGCUGUUGAGUAACAUAAUCGAUUCGGAGUCUGCUGCUGUUCCACAUGGUUUCUGUAAGAUAAGGGAAAUGCGCGCUUAGUCGCGCGCUUGAAACAAGGCAGAAAUAACUGACAAGUCGCGAAAUGCAGAGAUCAAAUCGUUUCUGAUUCGUCUCUACAAUUUAUCGUUCGUAUUUUCUUUUAUUUAAAUUGCACAGUUAAUUUGCUGCAAAAUAAUUUGCCGGUUCCAGUUAUUCGUGCAUAAUAAUACUCGUUAGUACAAGCGAGUACUUAUCGCAUUUUUAUUAGUGGGCUUUGUUUUAUUAUCUUCAUUUUAUCAGCUUACUUUAUUUUCUUACGUUUAUUUUAACAGUUUACUUUAUUGUAAUUCUUUUAAUCGGUCAACUUUUGUCACUGCGAUUUAUUUUCGCCCAAAUAUAAAGGGUGAAACCCCAAUCACAGUGCUUAAAGUUCCUCUUGUAGCACCCAGUCAUG